AUGGUCAAUCUUCCAAAUGGACUGCUUAUAAAAGUCGCGUCCGAUCUAGACAUGAAGAGUCUACGCUCUCUAGCCUUGGUGUCUAAACAAAUGGAAAUCUUCGCCCAAGACCAACUCUGGAGCGCCAUCCUCGAGCUAGUAUUUGGCCCUCACUGGAACGAAGGAGCAAAAGAUGCGCGACAUGCUUUCCAACCCAAGGGACUGACGAACCUCAAAGAGCUGCAUUUCAACGCGCAAGUCUUCGACUGGUCUUGGUGUGAGCUACCAUCGCUUCAGGUCCUGGACAUCGAUCGCGGCUGCAGUCUAGAGGACUCCGAUCUCCCAGAAGACGUUACAUCGUCUAUCGGUACGCUGACACGGGAAAUGUGUGCCUCGGAACUUGGGUUAGAAUAUUCCGAAAAGACUAGCAAGUUCCUCUCGCGCCUCUCGCCCCUCAAGGGUUUGGAAAUCUGGUUCUCUGACACCAAGAUUACACAAGCCAGUCGAGAUUCCAAUCGCCAGUACAAUCCGACGAUUGAAGUUCCGCGUUACACCUGGGAUUUGCUUCUAGAUCGUUUUGUUAAGGAGCAACUUGCAGGCUUGACAGAUACUCUGAAGGAUUUGACCUUGAGCCUAUCAGAUAACGGCUGCGAGAGCCUACACUACGGUGAAUACCUUGAUGAUUCCAACUAUAGCAGCUUUACCAAGCUACGCCGCCUCGAGAUCCCCCAUAAAUGGUUUACGGGCCGCAUGAUAGAGUUGCUGGUCGAAGAGGCGGGUGUUAUCCUGCCUGCCAGUCUAGAGGAACUGGUCAUUACCCAUUUUAUCGAGCAGACAACCAACAUUUGGGAUAUUUUAGAUGGUAUUUCCUUCGCACAUAGUCGACGUGGCGGCUUCCCCAAGCUGCAGAAGAUUACGCUUGAUCCUACGGGUCACCCUCUUACUAAAUCCUACUUCAGAGAUAUUGUUACUAAUCUACAGAAGCUCAGCAUCGAGGUGGAGGCUCUGCUGGAGAAUUUGAACUCGGACUAA